AUGGGAGAAGACGAGGACACCGUCAUGGGGGAGGUCCAGAAGCUCCCUUCUUUACCCCCCUCCUCCCUCACCCACCCACCUCCCUCUACACAUACCCACCAGGGCGAUGGUGACCCUACUUUAGCACCUUCUGUCAUUCCGUCAGCUCACAAAUCUCCUUCCUCUGUCUCGGAUCCCUUUCCACCUCAAUCUACCAUUCUAACGGGCAUGCCUCCCCCACCUGACCGAGUCAAGAUGAGCGACUCAGACACCAACUCGAUGGACAACCUUGUCAAACGAGAUAGCCUAGUAGAGACCAACUCAGACUGGUCUGAUGAGGAAGUUAUCGCCAAAGCUGGUCUCCCCGUUGGUUCACUGGCUACUGGUCUUUGUUAUGAUGUCCGUAUGCGGUACCACUGUGAAGUUCGCCCAACGUCCGAGGUGCAUCCAGAGGACCCGAGACGAAUCUACUACAUCUACAAGGAGCUAUGCCGGGCUGGCUUGGUAGAUGAUCCGGAGUCGACACACCCAUUGGCACCGCAGACACUGAAGCGCAUCGACGCCCGCAAUGCCACGGAAGAGGAAAUCACUCUGAUCCAUUCCGAGGCUCAUUUUGCAUUUGUCAAAAGCACCCAAGACAUGCCGGACGACGAGUUGGUGUAUCUGGAAAAAACGCGAGACUCGAUCUAUUUCAACCGAUUGACCUUUUCCUCGGCCCUUCUGUCAACGGGAGGUGCCAUCGAGACUUGUUUGGCUGUGGCUCGUCGACAGGUCAAGAACGCCAUCGCGGUCAUUCGUCCGCCUGGCCAUCACGCUGAACAUGACACGGCCAUGGGCUUUUGUCUGUUUAACAAUGUGCCUGUCGCUGCACGUGUCUGCCAGAAUGUUCUCGGAGAUCAAUGCCGCAAGAUUAUGAUUCUUGACUGGGACGUUCAUCACGGAAACGGAGUUCAAAAGGCAUUCUACAAUGAUCCUAAUGUUCUCUAUAUCUCGAUUCAUGUUCACCAGAAUGGCAAAUUCUACCCCGGUGGCGAUGAAGGUGAUUGGGAUCACUGCGGUGAGGGCGCCGGAUUGGGAAGGAACGUCAACAUCCCUUGGCCUGACCAGGGUAUGGGCGACGGCGAUUACAUGCACGCUUUCCAGAAAGUGGUGAUGCCCAUUGCGUUGGAAUUUGAUCCAGAUCUUGUGAUCAUUUCUGCCGGAUUCGACGCUGCCGCUGGCGAUGUCCUGGGUGGCUGCUUCGUCUCGCCAUCCUGCUAUGCCCAAAUGACUCACAUGCUGAUGACUCUUGCCAGUGGUAAGGUGGCAGUCUGCCUGGAGGGUGGAUACAACUUCCGAUCCAUUUCGAAAUCUGCGCUGGCGGUGACAAAGACCCUCAUGGGUGAGCCACCAGACCGCUUGACCAAGACUGCGCCAACAACAGAUGCCAUUGAGACUGUUGGCCGAGUCAUGAACAUUCAGGCCCAGUAUUGGCGAUGCAUGUACCCCAAGCCACCCCAACAUCCAGCCUGGGCGAAUCGGCUGCACGAUGUCCUUCGCGAGUAUCAAGCUCAUCAGCUGUAUGAAAGCUUCAAGCUCACACCGUUGUACAUCUACCGAACCAAGAUUUCCAAGUCGUUUGAGAACCAGGUUCUGGCUAGUGCCAACUACCAUGAGCGCGUACCGCUCAUUGUCAUCUUCCACGAUCCACCCGAACUCAUGGGCUAUCCGGACCCUGUAACCAGCAAACUGGAAGCUCACAACUGUUGGAUGGCUGAUGCCCAAAAGGAGUACAUUGGAUGGAUAAUCUGCAAAGGCUAUGCGGUGAUUGAUGUCAACAUCCCGAAGCAUAUCACUCAGACACCCGUACGUGCCACCCCGGCAUCUUCCCGACCCUCCACGGGACCCAGGCUUACCCUCCGAGUCAUUCAGGCCACAGGAAAGUACGAAGAAGAAGAUGAGAACCGUCCAAGUGCGACCGAAGAGUUGGCAAACUAUCUGUGGGACAAUUACAUCGAUUUCUACGAGAAGCGGGAGGUGUUCUUCCUCGGAAUCGGCAGUGCUUUCGCCGGAGUCGUCAAUCUCUUGAUCAACAGAGAGAACUUGUACAAGCGUGUCAGCGGAAUCAUCUCGUUCGUGGCGGAGAACCCAGUUCGUGCCGUUGCGUCUUCCACUCAAGUGUGGCUAUCCAAAUGGUACCGGGAUAACUCGCUUGUAUUUGUCUCCGAAUCCCAUGGAAUCUGGAAAGACCAGGACCGCAAACCGUCAAAGCGCUAUGGCAAGCUAUUCAAAUCCAACAAGACAUCUCUGAGCGAGAUGAUGACGGAGAAUCAGCAGCAAGUCUUUGAGUGGCUCGCCGAUCGCGCGGACGAAGCCCUCGAUGAGACAGAGGACGAAGCCGAGGAGGACUUGACCAUGAAAGGAUAA